AAACAAUUCGCGGUGGUGGGACGAUCAUUUUGCUACGCUGCAGCUUCUUCACUUGGGGGCAAAACGACUGGACUAUCGAGAUCGCGACGAUAUCGAGCGCGCAAGUCCCAUAUAUGGUGGUCUAAAGCUCGAAAUUGAGCUCACUGAGCUUCUGUCGACGACAUCGACAACCCUCCCGUAUCUCGAUUCGAACCUCACACGACGUGCCCAUCAUGUCCGACCAACAGCGCGAUGUGUCGCAGUACAAGUACUCGGCCAUGUCCAACCUGGUUCUCCAGGCGGACCGCCGGUUUGUCUCGCGACGAACCGACGAGGCCACAGGCGACCCCGAGUCGAUCGCCAACAACAUCAGCAUCAAAGACAUGGGCGCGCGCGUGGCGCGAGAACAAGCGCCCAAAGCCAAGAAGCAGAGUGGCGCGGCAGGCAUCCAACGUGGAUCCGCACAGGAAGGCGAAGAUGUGCUCCUGCGUGAACAGAGGAAGAGGAAGGGCGAAGCGCCCCAGGCGCGAGGAAUGGGCAUUCUUGGAACCAAUGAUGCCCUCAUUGAAGGGAUCACCUACCGGCCGCGAACGAAUGCCACUCGUGCGACUUUUGAUCUCAUCUUGACCAUUGUGGCGAGCAAUCUCGGCGAUGUUCCACACGAAGUCGUCGCGAGCGCGGCAGACGCGACGCUCGAAUACCUCAAGGACGACGACCUGAAGGAUCUCGACAAGAAGAAGGAGAUCGAUGACAUCCUGGGCACGACGAUGAAUCCUAAGCAGUUCAACGAACUUGUCAAUCUCGGCAAGAAAAUCACCGACUACGAUGCACAAGAUGAUGAGGAAGACGUUGAUAUGGAUGGCGCCGGCGAUGGCGAGAUCGAUGAGCGUGAGGGUGUCGCCGUAGCGUUUGAUGAGAACGAGGACGAUGACGAGGAGAUGGUGAACGAGGUGCGCGAUGAAUCCUCGGAAGAUGAAGAUGAGGACGACGAGGCUGCUGAUGCAGCGCAAGCCGCCAAAGACGACGCUAUGGGUGCCGAUGAGGAGAUGAUCUUGGAUUCGGCCCCAGCCGCUGACAAGAAGAGUAAAGACAAGCAAGCAGUGCCAGCUCGCGACAUUGACGCUUUCUGGCUGCAACGCGAGGUUGGCGCUCUGUACCCAGACGCGCACGAGCAGACCGACAAAACCAAGGAGGCUUUACGUAUCCUAUCCGGAGAGCCUGAUGAGCCCGAAGGUGAAGACAAGUCCUUGCGAGAGAUCGAGAACGACCUGAUGGAACUAUUCGACUUUGAACACCACGAACUUGUACAGAAGCUCGUCGAGAACAGAGAGAAGGUGUUCUGGCUUACGAAGCUUGCGCGCGCAGAGGGCGACGAAGAGCGAGCAACAAUAGAGCGCGAGAUGACUUCAGAAGGCCUGCAAUGGAUUCUCAACGAGCUACAUGGCAAAGGGACAGACGGGAAAAAGGGGAAGAUGGAUAUCAAAAUGGACAUUGAUGUGCCAUCAUCCUUCAAUGCCGAGGCGGCCAAGGAAGCAAAGGACGAAGGGCAUCUUGUUGGUGGCUUGCAACCGCGGAAGACGGUCAACCUCGACAACCUUGUAUUCGAUCAAGGAAAUCACCUGAUGACCAAUGCCAAAGUGCGGCUUCCCGAAGGCUCCACGAAGCGCAGUUUCAAAGGAUAUGAAGAGAUUCACGUGCCUCCGCCCAAGAAGCGAUCGGAUGGCGCCGACACGUUAAUACCCAUCACCGACAUGCCCGAAUGGUCACGAACACCUUUCAGCACUGCCAAGUCGCUCAACAAGAUCCAGUCGAAAUGCUACCCCUCGGCUUUUGGAGACGAUGGUAACAUGUUGAUCUGCGCUCCCACCGGCAGUGGAAAGACCAACGUUGCCAUGUUGACGAUACUGAGAGAGUUGGGCAAAAACAGGAAUCCCGAGACGGGCGAGAUCGAUCUUGAUGCUUUUAAGAUUGUGUACAUUGCCCCGCUCAAGGCUCUGGUACAGGAGCAGGUUGGCAACUUUGGCAAGCGACUCGAAUCUUACGGUGUGCGCGUGUCAGAGCUGACUGGCGACCGUCAACUCACCAAGCAGCAAAUCGCUGAGACACAGAUCAUUGUGACAACCCCAGAGAAGUGGGAUGUCAUCACGCGCAAAGCCAACGAUCUCACCUACACCAAUCUUGUGCGACUCAUCAUCAUUGAUGAGAUCCACUUGCUUCAUGAUGACCGUGGUCCUGUGCUGGAGAGCAUCGUCAGCCGAACCAUCCGUAAGACUGAAGCUCUUGGAGAGGCCGUGCGCAUUGUCGGUCUGUCAGCGACGCUGCCCAACUACCGGGAUGUUGCCAGCUUCCUCCGUGUCGAUGUCGACACGGGCUUGUUCCAUUUUGACGGUACCUACAGACCUUGUCCUCUGCGCCAGGAGUUCAUUGGCGUGACCGAUCGUAAGCCAAUCAAACAGCUCAAGACGAUGAACGAUGUCACGUACAACAAGGUCAUUGAGCAUGUCGGUCAGCACCGCAACCAGAUGCUCAUCUUCGUUCAUUCGAGAAAGGAAACCGCCAAAACAGCCCGCUAUAUCCGCGAUAAGGCUCUCGAGGAAGAGACAAUCAACCAGAUCCUGCGCCACGACGCCGGUAGCCGAGAGAUUCUGAAUGAUGCUUCUAAUCAGGCCUCCGAUAAGGAUCUCAAGGAUAUACUUCCUUACGGCUUCGGUAUUCACCACGCUGGUAUGAGCCGCGCUGAUAGGGCUGAUGUGGAGGACCUGUUUGCGCAAGGUGCCAUCCAAGUUCUUGUUUGCACAGCGACAUUGGCUUGGGGAGUGAACUUGCCGGCGCAUACAGUCAUUAUCAAGGGCACUCAAGUCUACUCUCCUGAAAAGGGUAGCUGGGUUGAACUGAGUCCCCAAGACGUGCUGCAGAUGCUGGGUCGUGCAGGUCGACCGCAAUUCGACACAUACGGUGAAGGUAUCAUCAUCACGACACAGAGCGAGAUCCAGUACUAUCUCUCCCUUCUCAACCAGCAGCUCCCAAUUGAAAGCCAGUUUGUCAGCAAACUGGUCGACAACCUCAAUGCUGAGAUUGUCCUUGGCAACGUUCGCACACGCGAUGAUGGCAUAGAGUGGCUUGGGUACACGUAUCUUUUCGUACGCAUGCUGCGUUCGCCAGGUUUGUACCAAGUCGGUGCUGAGUACGAGGACGAUCCAGCUUUGGAGCAAAAGCGAGUGGACCUUAUACACUCUGCUGCCAUGGUGCUCAGGAAGACCAAUCUUGUCAAGUACGAUGAAAAGACUGGGCGUCUGCAAUCCACCGAGCUUGGCCGCAUCGCGUCACAUUACUACAUCACCGCUGUGUCGAUGGAGGCCUACAACAACCACAUUCAGCCUUCUAUCACGACUAUUGAACUGUUCCGUGUUUUCGCAUUGAGCGCCGAGUUCAAGUAUAUUCCCGUGCGACAAGACGAGAAACUUGAACUAGCUAAGCUGCUCGGCCGUGUCCCCAUACCUGUCAAGGAGUCGCUCGAAGAGCCGAAUGCGAAGAUCAAUGUGCUUCUGCAGGCAUACAUUUCUCGCCUCCAGCUUGAUGGUCUAGCUCUGAUGGCUGACAUGGUCUACAUCACACAGAGCGCUGGCCGUAUUCUCCGCGCGAUCUUCGAGAUCACCUUGAAGAAGGGUUGGGCAUCUGUGGCCAAAACAGCGCUGGACCUUUGCAAGAUGGCAGAAAAGCGUAUGUGGCCUACCAUGACACCAUUGCGCCAGUUCCCCUCAUGCCCUCUUGAUAUCGUUCAGAAAUCCGAGCGGAUUGACGUCCCGUGGCAGAACUACUUCGAUCUUGACCCACCACGCAUGGGUGAGCUGCUGGGCAUGCCCAGGGCCGGUCGGACUGUAUGUGGCUUGGUCGCAAAGUUCCCACGCCUCGAAGUGCAGGCACAGGUCCAGCCAAUGACGCGGUCCAUGAUCAGGGUCGAGCUGGCCAUCACCCCCAACUUUGAGUGGGAUGAUAGCAUUCAUGGCGCAGCCGAGAGCUUCUGGAUACUUGUCGAGGACAGCGACGGCGAGGAUAUCCUCCAUCAUGAGAUGUUUGUGCUUCGCAAGGACUAUGUCGAAGCGGAAGCCAGCGAACACAUUGUCGACUUCACUGUGCCUAUCACCGACCCUAUGCCCCCCAACUACUUCGUGACCAUCGUCUCGGAUAGGUGGAUGCAUGCGGAGACCAAGCUGGCGGUGCCCUUCCACAAGCUCCUUCUCCCAGAGAAGUUUCCUCCUCACACCGAACUGCUCAGAAUGCAACCCGUGGCUGUGGAUGACCUCAAGAUCGAGAGCUACACCAAGCUGUAUCCCGACUGGCAGGAGUUCAACAGGAUUCAGACUCAGACUUUCAACUCGCUGUACAAGAGUGACAACAAUGUGUUUGUCGGUGCACCGACAGGCAGCGGAAAGACCGUUUGCGCGGAAUUCGCCUUGUUGCGACACUGGACAAAGCCUGAUUCUGGACGCGCAGUGUACAUUGCCCCCUUCCAGGAAUUGAUCGAUUCCCGUCUGCAAGACUGGCAAAAGCGCCUCAGUGGACUAGGAGGCGGCAAAGACAUUGUCAAGCUGACGGGCGAGACAGCGACUGACAUUAAGUUGCUGGAGAAGGGCGACUUGAUUCUAGCGACUCCUACACAAUGGGACGUACUAUCCAGGCAAUGGAAGCGCCGGAAAAACAUCCAGACCAUUGGCCUCUUUAUCGCUGAUGAGGUACACCUACUGGGUGGGGCUCAAGGUUAUGUGUACGAGAUCAUUGUCUCUCGUAUGCACUACAUCCGAACCCAGAUUGAGAUUCCUUUGAGGAUUGUAGCUCUGAGCGUGUCGCUCGCCAACGCCCGUGACAUUGGCGAGUGGAUUGACGCGAAGAAACACGACAUCUUCAAUUUCAGUCCUCACGUCCGACCCGUUCCUCUCGAACUACACGUCCAAACCUUUACAAACCCUCACUUCCCGUCACUCAUGCUGGCCAUGGCUAAGCCGACGUACUUGGCCAUCACGCAAAUGUCGCCGGACAAGCCCUCUCUGGUGUUUGUGCCGACGCGCAAGCAGACCCGCCAGACCGCUCGUGAUCUUCUAGCAGCGUGCCUUGUGGACGACGAUGAGGACCGCUUUCUUCAUGCGGACAAGGAGGCCCUUCAGAAACUCACUAGCCGGGUACACGAGGAGGCGCUUGCCGAGUCCCUCUCUCACGGUGUCGGUUACUACCACGAGGCUCUGAGCCACAAUGAUCGAAGGAUUGUCAAGUAUCUGUACGACAAUGGUGGCAUCCAAGUGCUGGUAGCAUCGCGCGACACCUGCUGGGAGCUGAACAGCACAGCGCACCUGGUCGUCGUCAUGGGCACGCAGUACUUUGAGGGUCGCGAGCACCGCUACGUUGACUAUCCGCUCAGCGAGGUCCUGCACAUGUUCGGCAAGGCGCUGCGACCCUCGGCUGAGGGCCGUGGUCGUGGCGUCCUCAUGCUGCCACAAGUCAAGCGCGAGUACUACAAAAAGUUCCUGAACGAGGCAUUGCCUGUGGAAUCGCACCUGCACAACUACCUCCACGACGCCUUCGUCACCGAGAUCAGUACCAAGAUGAUCGAGUCUGGUGACGACGCGAUCAACUGGACGACCUUCACCUACUUCUACCGCCGUCUCCUUGCCAACCCAAGCUACUACAGCUUGACGGGCACCACACACGACGACUUGAGCAACUACAUGUCUGACCUUGUGGAGACCACGCUGAGAGAGUUGGGCGAGUCCAAGAUCAUCGACUUUGACGAGGAGGAUGGUUCCGUAUCGCCACAGAACGCCGCUAUGAUCGCGGCCUACUACAACAUCUCGUACAUCACGAUGCAAACCUUCCUCCUGUCGCUCAGUGCGAAGACAAAGCUCAAGGGGAUCCUGGAAAUUGUCACUUCUGCUACCGAAUUUGAGACCAUUCAAAUCAGGCGUCAUGAGGAGGGCAUUCUUCGACGCAUCUAUGACCGCGUGCCUGUCAAGAUGGCGCAGCCAGCUUUUGACUCGCCUCAUUUCAAGGCUUUCGUCCUGUUGCAGGCGCACUUUUCACGCAUGCAGCUUCCCAUCGACUUGUCCAAGGAUCAAGAAGUGUUGCUGUCGCGUGUGCUGAGCUUGCUGAGCGCCAUGGUCGACAUCCUGUCCUCAGAUGCGCACCUAAACACCAUGAACGCCAUGGAGAUGUCGCAGAUGGUGGUACAAGCCAUGUGGGAUCGGGAUAGCCCUCUCAAGCAAAUUCCUCACUUCACACCUGAGGUUGUCAAGGUGGCAAACGACCAUGGUAUCAAGGACAUCUUUGAUUUCAUGGAGGCGAUGAACCCGGAAGAGAACCCCGACCACGGAAAGCUCGUCAAGAGCUUGAAGUUCUCUGACAAGGACCUGCAGGAAGCUGCCGAGUUCAUCAACAACAAGUACCCCGACCUCGAGCUGGAGUACGAGGUUCUCGAUCCCGAAGACAUUGCCGCAGGCGACCCUGCUUAUCUCAGUGUGCAAAUCACACGCAACGUCGAUGAAGAGGAUGAAGGCGAGGUCGACACCACAGUUCAUGCACCGUUCUACCCCUCCAAGAAGAUGGAGAGUUGGUGGCUUGUCGUGGGCGAUGAGAAGACCAAGAACCUCCUGUCUAUCAAGAGGGUCACGAUUGGCAGGGAACUCAAGACCAAGCUUGAGUACACGCUCCCUGCGGCUGGAGAUCACCAACUAAAGCUCUACCUGAUGAGCGACAGCUACGUGGGCGUCGACCAGGAGCGAGAGUUCUCCGUAACCGCCGCUGAAGGCAUGGACGUGGACGAUGAGGAGGAGGAUGAGGAGGAUGAAUAGAAGGGCAGACGCGAUUUUAGCCGUGCGCUCAUGAGAGCUCCGGCUGUGUACGACACAUGGAGGACUGGACACGGCGUCAUCUUAGGCGAUCAUCUACGGUAGGCUAUGAAUAGGCAUUUGCGCCCGAAGAAAACGGUAUGCGGAAGAUGUACGAGUUGAGGAGAGUUUCCCAGUCUAAUGAGCGGUUAUGUGGACCGUUGGUGGUGCGACAAUGCUGUUGAGGCGGAAGCUGACGGAUAGGCCCCCGCAUCAGCUCUUGGUUCAGGGGGGGCCGAGGAGGACCAAGGACGCGUCGACUGGCUGCGUCGCCUUUCGAAAUAUGGCAGAUUGAUAUAGAAGGAGGCGAGAGCAAGAAUAAAGGAUGGAAUUUCGAAUGC